AUUAUCUAGAAACCGUAUUUUAGCAUGAUAUAUAAAAUCAAUAUUCAAUAACUACCACAAACAUAUUUUGCAAGUUAUUUUUAAUGGUCGAAAUUAUAAACUUGGUGACAAAAUAUAUUAUUGUCUUAAAUUAACCUUACCAUAUAGAACUUCUUCAAAAUUUUGUACCAAACUUAAAAAUUAGGCGGAAACAUUAACUUGGUGAAAAAGUUUUUUUAUUUAUUUAAACAGCUUGGUAUAAAAAUAAUUUAUUUAAAAUUAUCAAAAGAGCUUGAUUCUAAAAUUGUGUAUCACAAAAAUUUGAUUCAAAUUUUAAGAUUUUUAUUGUCUUCUAACAAUAAUAAUAUCGGCAGUAUCCAUUUAUGUAAAUCUUCUUACGCGUUCUUACUUAAUAUAUUGUAAAAUAGGGUAACUCUCAUUUAUGAAUUAAUCACUAUCAUCGACAUUAACUACUUCUUAAACCAAUUGGAAUCUACGGUCAAUUCGUUCGGUUAAAUUAAAACCCAGGAACUUAUCAUCAAACCAAACGGAACACAAUAAACAAACCGGCCACUUUCAUCUACAUUCUUCUGUAUAUCGAUAACAAAAUUGGGUUACAUGUUCUUAGAUGGCUGGCGAUGGUUACGUUGCAACUUAUGUUGAUACUGAAUUGUUAACAUACGAACUAAAGAUACAUAUUGCGACAAUGGUCUUUUUAUAAAAGCAAAACUCAUAUUAACGGUGAACAUAUAAUUUUCAUCACAAGACUGCAACAUCCCCUAUUAACGAUCAUCCCAAGUUCUGAUUUUUUAUGGUUAAAUCGAUAACGUAUAGUUUUUAGGUUUCGGGUUUUGUUAAUGCUUCGUUUUUUUAUCAUCGUUCAUAGCUUGCGUAUUUCUUUCUUACACCAUGAAAGAGAAUCAUAGGCUCCUAUCCCCUAAAGUAUAAUACCUUGCUUUACUACUGCAACAUCCCCUAUUAACAAUCAUCUCAAGUUCUUACUGCUUAUGGUUAAAUCGACAACGUAUAGUUUUUAGGUUUCGGGUUUUGUUAAUGCUUUGUUUUUCUAUCAUCGUUCAUAGCUUGCGUAUUUCUUUCUUACAACAUGAAAUAGAAUCGUACGCUCCUAUCAUUUCCCUAUAAUAUAAUACAUGGCUUUACUUAAUAUCCUAUAGUUUGUACUGAAUGUAUCUAGCGACAAAUGAAAAUCUAAUGUGGACCAACCAGUUUUUCAAUUGAAUGUAAUGAUGCCACCUAGGAUUAAUUAAGGUUCUAAUUGAUUGACACCUAAGCAUAGACUUUUUUUUAAUUAUUACAAAAUUAAGGUUACAUCUUUUUAAAUGUUUCUCAAUUAAUAUAUAGGGGAUUAUUCAUGCAUGAAAUAAGUUGGAAAUUGUGUAUGAUAAUCUUUACCAUAUUGCUUAUAAAUUUUGUGUAGAACCAACUUAAAACUGUAAUUUCUAAUUCAAUUCGCUACAUGAUUAGAACAAAGAGUGUAUUUGGUUUGAAAAGUUAGAACGAGGGUAGAGCUAUUCGAUUUUAAAAAAUGCAAUGCUGUUACAAAAUUAUAAGAUGUUAUGUUUAUUGUGGUAUUUUUAUUGCAGUUUAAUAUUUAAUUAUGUAUUUUAUUUAUAAUUUUAUAUUCUAGUGUAAGAUUUAAUUAAUUAAUAUUGUUGUAAUAUUUUUAUAUAUGUGCUACUUCUUUAUAAUUUUUUAUGGAUUUCCAUUAAUUAUAACAAAUAUAAGGACCAUAAAAUAAAAUAUAAAUAAUUUUAAAAUUAAUUUUGAAAUUUUGUAAACUAUAAAAUAGAAAUCUUUUCGGAAAUACUCAAAGAAUCGAAAACGCUUCGUUUAACUAUUCAACCUAACCACCACACGCUUUCCUCACCUUAUAAAAACGCGACAAAACCAACACGCGUUAGAAACCCUAAAAGCUCAAAACUUGUCUGCAACGAACGACCGACUUACUCAUUCUCCGACAAACACAAGUCCUAAUACUAUUCGGAAACUUGUUUGGUGUUUACUUAAAUCUUCCUUGUUUGUUUUGUCAUAAUAUGAAGCGAAACCGAUCAGAGAAAAAGGUAAAUCUUCUUCUUCUAUAUAUUCAUCUCUCUCUCUCUCGCUCUGAUUGUUUGUGAUUCGAGAAUCUGUUGAAAUCUGAUACUUUGAUUGUAUGCUUUUUGGUUAAUCACAGAAUACAUUCAUCUUUGAGUUUUAUCAAUGGAUCGGAAGAACACGAGCGCGUGUAGAGGAGACGAAGAUCAUCCCUUUGCCUUGUCCUUCAAGGGAGGUGAAAACCCUAAGAAUAAAUCAUAUAAUGUAAGGUUUGAUCUGCUUGGUAUUGAAGAUUACAACGAAGAGGCAGAGGAUGAUGUUAAUGUUGAAUUGAGUGAUGAGUUAAUGCUUGGAAGACAAGUUACCGAAGAAACUAAUAGUAAGAGUGAGGAUCUUGGGGAAAACUCAAGGAGUAAGAAAAAGAAGAAGAACAAGAGUGGAAAGACUGCACAUGAAGAAGAAGAUUUGGACAAGAUUCUUGCAGAACUUGGGAUAACUCCUGUUUCACCAGCACAACCUGAACUAGUUGCACCUUCAGAUUGCUCAAAGGAUGGAGAAGAAGAGACUGUCCUGUCAGCUUCAUCAAAGAAAAGGAAAAAGAAGAAGGACAAGGACAAGAAAGUGUAUGCUUCUUCCGUGGAGGCUAAGGAUGAGCCAUCACAGCCUCAUAGGAAAGUUCCUAAACACAUUCUAGAGAUGCAAGAGAUGGUUGCGCGGCGGAAAGAAGCUGAAGAGAUGAAGAAGAAGGAAGAGGAAGAGAAGCUGAGGAAAGAGGAAGAGGAGCGACGCAUUCAGGAAGAGCGAGAAAAGGAAGCUGAAGAGAUUAAACAGAAGAGGAAGAUUAGGGAAAAGGAGAAGAUGCUGAAGAAGAAGCAAGAAGGAGGGAUUCUUACAGAGAAGCAGAAGAGGGACAAGGCUUUCAAGAACAAGAUGUUGUCUGAUGCUGGAAUGCUUCUUGCUUCAGACAAACAGGGUGAUUCCUCAAAGCGUCCCGUUUACGGCAACAAAAGAAAACCAGCUCGGACAAAAGCAAACGACUCUGGUUCUGUCCAGGUGAAAGAUCAUGCAAAUAUAACAGCUACGUUGCAUGACAUAGAUUCAGCUGUCAAGGAAAAGAAACAAGAAGCUGGUGAUGAGGAGGAUGAUUGGGAAGCAAAAAGUGAUGAUUCUGUUACUAUAAUGGGUGAUUAUGAUGAUGGGAAAGAUGCACCUUGGCUUGUGGUUAAGAAAGAGAUAAAAGACACUGCUGCAAAGGCCCAUUGUUCAGGUGAGGAUAAACUAAACACUAAUUCUUUUGUCCCUUGUCUGUUUUUUAAUCUAGGUUUCAAUACAGGUCCUGUCAUCUCUGAUAGACUAGCAUCGAAGGCUGAAGUUGCAGACAAGCCAAAAGAAUCUAGACCUAAGGUGGAUGAUGCUACUAGGCCAAAGGAUGCUACUAAAAGGGGUAAUGACUCAGAAGUUAAUGAAGUUGCUAAAGAAAGUCUUCGGUCUCCCAUUUGCUGCAUCAUGGGCCAUGUUGAUACUGGCAAAACAAAGCUGUUGGACUGCAUCAGAGGAACAAAUGUUCAGGAAGGAGAAGCAGGAGGUAUCACUCAGCAGAUUGGUGCAACUUAUUUCCCGGCAGAAAACAUCCGUGAGAGGACCAAGGAGUUAAGACCUGAUGCAAAACUCAAGGUGCCAGGUCUAUUGGUUAUUGAUACGCCAGGACACGAGUCAUUCUCAAAUCUACGGUCAAGGGGUUCAAACUUGUGUGACAUUGCAAUUCUAGUGGUGGAUAUAAUGCAUGGUCUAGAGCCACAAACUAUAGAGUCUCUUAAUCUUUUGAGAAAGAGGAACACAGAGUUCAUUGUUGCCUUGAAUAAGGUGGAUAGGCUAUAUGGGUGGAAAACAUGCAAGAAUGCUCCUAUAGAGAAGGCUUUGGCGCUGCAAUCCAAAGAUGUGGUUAUUGAAUUUAACAUGAGGCUUACUCAGGUUAUAACCCAGUUCAAAGAACAAGGACUCAACACUGAGAUUUAUUACAAGAACAAAGAAAUGGGAGACACUUUCAGUAUUGUGCCUACUAGUGCUAUUAGUGGGGAAGGGAUUCCAGAUCUGUUGCUAUAUUUGGUUAUGUGGUCUCAGAAAACAAUGGUUGAGAAACUUACAUUUGUUGACAAAGUGCAGUGUACCGUCCUUGAGGUCAAAGUUAUUCCAGGCCAUGGUACAACAAUUGAUGUUGUUUUGGUCAACGGUGUACUCCAUGAAGGUGAUCAAAUCGUUGCUUGUGGGUCACAGGGACCAAUUAUAACAACUGUUAGAUCACUAUUGACUCGUCAUCCUAUGAAAGAGCUACGUGUGAAGGGUACAUAUCAGCAUCAUAGAGAAGUAAAGGCUGCGCAAUGUAUCAAGAUAACUGCACAGGGCCUUGAACACGCCGUUGCUGGUACUUCCUUACAUGUGAUUGGACCUGAUGUGGACGUGGACGAAGCCAAGAAAACAGCCAUGGAAGAUAUGAAGUCAGUCAUGAGCUUGGUUGACAAAAGUGGUGAAGGAGUUUACGUACAAGCUUCAACGUUAGGAUCUUUGGAAGCAUUACUAGAGUUCUUGAAGUCACCAGAUGUAAAAAUACCUGUAAGUGGUAUUGGCCUAGGACCAGUGCAUAAAAAGGAUAUCAUGAAGGCCGGUGUAAUGCUAGAGAAGAAGAAAGAGUACGCUACGGUUUUGGCUUUUGACGUGAAGAUAACUACUGAGGCUCGCGAACUAGCUGACAACAUGGGAGUCAAGAUCUUCUCCGCUGAUAUUAUCUAUCAUCUGUUUGAUCAGUUCAAGGGUUAUGUCAAGGAUGUCCGAGAUGAAGAAAGGAAAGAAACAGCAUCUGAAGUAGUGUUUCCAUGUGUCCUUAAGAUUUUACCAAACCAUGUCUUCAAAAGAGGAAACCCAAUCAUCCUUGGAGUCGAGGUCAUCGAUGGUAUACUCAAGGUUGGAACUCCCAUGUGCUUUCUAAAAGAGAUUGGGAAGUCGAGAGUGUUUGUGGAUCUUGGUCGCGUUGCAUCUAUUCACAAAGACAAGAAGCCACUUGACGAUGCCAAGAAAGGCCAGCAGGUUGCUAUUAAGAUCGUUGCCUCUAACCCUGGAGAAGAGAAAAUGUUUGGGGAGGACUUUGAUAUAGAAGACGAGCUUGUCAGUCAUAUUUCUAGGAGAUCCAUCGACAUACUCAAAACACUCUACAGGGUAAGUUUUGACAAGUCUCUCUUGUUCUCCAGGCAUUUUUGUCGAAAAUAUUGUUCGGGAAAUUAAUUGUGUGUUAAUCAUAACUCAAACUGAAACCCUAAAGCCUCCUGAUUGCAGGAUGAGUUGAAGAACGAGUUGAAGCUUGUUUUGAAACUUAAAAUGUUGUUCAAGAUACAAUAGGUUUUUCUUGCCCUCAGAUUGAUUUUCAAGCUAAGCAUAGAGCGUUACACUGAAGAUUUGAGAGGGACAUGCUCGGUUUCCUUUGUUCUUGUAAUCUUUGCUGAUUUAUUGUGUUUUUCGGUUUUGAUAUUUUAGACAUUUUCUAAAUGUCUCUAGACAUGUUAUGCGAUCAAUUAACUCUCCCAUUGUCUCUUUAAAAGAUUAUAUGCAGGCUAAUACUCUGGCUGAAUGUUUUCUCGCCUACUGUCAUGUUUUGAUGAAUGUUGUGACAACCUGAAUUUGCUAUAGCCUCUAAUUUUUUUUUUUUUUUGGAAACCUCUAAAUUACUUUUAAGCACUAAGCAGUUAAGCACAGUGAAAAGAAAUUAAAAGUAUUUAUUUACCUAUUUUUCGACAUCAUAAAAAAGUUAGAACAGAACACAAAAAGUAUAAUUCCAGU